ACAGUGCUGGGUCUCAGGAGGAAACCAUCUGCCCAGUCAUGCUCUAGGAUCCCAGGGAUCAGGAAAGGGAAGUGCAGGGGGAAAAAGCCUUCAGUCACUCCACCAAGAAGCUAUUCUCUACCCACAGCCAACGUUCACAGGCUCUGUAAAAGAAAAAUGCCCCAAGCCGAGGAUGCUAAUACUAUCAGGGCCACUGCCUCUUAUCACUACUGCAAGCUACCUUACCCCCACCUCUUAAGCUUCCUUGUAUUGAGCACAACUGUCUCCCUCAGCCUCCAGUAUGAGCUCUUGCCCAUUUCCCCAGGACCAAGCAGCAGUCAGCACAGGCAUCUAGCACAGGGACCAGUUUCCACCAGCCCAUCUACUCUUAGGGUUCCCUGCCCUAUCCUAAUUUUUAACCAUCCUUUUGGUCCAGAAAUCACUCCUCAGGCCACAUCUGUGAGCCCUGAUGGGAAGCAACAGAAAACUUCUGUCCCCAGUGUCCUUCUUCUUUUAGCCCUUCCCGGCAAGGAUGAUAUAUUCACUUCAUCCACUCGCCUCUGCCAUGUCACCAUCUAAGCUUGCCAUUAACACCAACACUAUACUUCCUCAUUCCAAGUCCAUCAUCUUCCAGUAUCCUUCCAUCUCCAAGGACAAUGACAGCCCAUCUUAUAGGGCAUUUCCUGUUUCUGGGAACCUAUCACCAAGUAGCAGCAUGGCUUUAGCCCAGGUCCCCACUAUUUUGUGUGCACAGUCAGUACAAAGACUGCAACCUUCAAAGCUAAUACAGAAGAAGUCACCCUCUCAGCCUAUGUUUGGGUAGCAACACGGCAGCUCUUUCUUUGAGAGGAACCCAGCAACUUCAGCUUCAGCUGUUGGCCUAAGUGGGCCUUCAACCCAGUCAUCCAGUGGUAGCCCAACAGAACUUGCACCCUCCACACGGAUAUUCCAGUCACCAACUAAUAACCAGCCUCUAGUAAGAACCCAGGUGUUUUGCACAUGGCCACAACCACAAUAUCUGGCUUUGGAUUUACAGCUAGGGUGACUAGCUUUGGGGACAGAACCUCACUACUUCUCUAGACUAUUCCUUGACUGCUGGUAUCCAUGGGACCGGUAACAGGACUAAGGAUUUUGUAUGAACAAGGGAAUAAAACAACCGCACCACAUUCUAGGGAUACGCUUCAUUUCUAAAUAUGCUGUUUUAAACAGUUUUCUGAAGUGAUUAUACUACUAGCAGUACAAAAGAGUUCUGGUUGUACAAUUGUUCAACAUUUGGUUUGGUUGGAUUUGUUUCUGUGUGUGUGUGUGUGUGUGUGUGUGUGUGUGUGUGUACACGCGUGCAUGUGUGACUGGAGAAUGAACCUAGGCCUUCAUACUGAGCUGUAUCUCUAUCCCUUUUUAAAUUCAAAGCAAAGUCUUGCUAAAUCUAACAGGCUGGACUCAACCUUGUGAUUAUCCUGCUAUAACCUCCCUGAGUGCUAAGAUUAGAAGAUGUGCAACCACACGCAACUUAUUGUCAGACUUUUAAAUUUUAGCUCCUCCACUAGUAUGCAGUAGAAUCUCCUUUGGUUUUAAAUUCUUAUUUAGUUGAUAAGUGAUCAUGUUCCGCAACUUUAUGUGUGCUUAUUAGAUGUCCAGAUAUCUUCCUUGGAGAAAUGCUUUUCCAAUCACUUAGACUGUAAUUGGAAAAUUUUUUUUAAAUUUCAGAUUAUGGGGUUUUAGAGUUCUUUAUAGUUUGAAAGGAAGUACUUUUGGAUAUAUCACUUGCAGAUAUUUUAUCCCAAUCUGUACCUUCUAUUUUUGUCUUGUAAUAAUGUCUUUCAAGAACAAGUUUUUAAUUUUGAUGAAAUUUGAUUUAUCAGUUUUGUUCCUUUAUCUUGCUUUGAUGUUUUCUGUAGGAAACAUUUGCCUAACCCAGGAGCACAAAGAUUUUGUUCCAUAGAAAUGUCAUUGAUUUAUGUUUCACAUUAGUCUUUUAUCUAUUUUGUUAUUCUUUAUAUAAUAAGAAGUGUGACUCAAAAUUCUAUUUUUUGGUACAGCUGGGGACCAUUCCUGUGCACUAUAAGUGUCCAGAACCAUUUGUCAAAAUGGCUCCUUCUUCUACCUUUCUUGAAGUCAACUGUUACUAAAUGCAUAGCUCUGUAGAAGCUCUGUUCUGUUCUAACCUUUUAUGUCUGACUCUUAGUUGUAAUAUAUUCUUUCCCUGCUUUCAUUUACCCAUGCAAACUGACUCCAAGCAUGAUGACCGCACCCUUUUACCACAUAUAGCUAGAAUUAUGUGAAAAGCAUUUUUUAAGUCGUCACAGCUUGGGUUUAAACUAGGAUUACUUCAAAAAAGCAGUUUUAAAAUUCUGAGAUAUAAACACUAUGUAUCAUGCAGCCAAAAU